UUCUAGAAAUGGCUCCUCAAGAAAUAUUUUCUGUUCUCCUACUCUGCACUUUGGUGACUUUAAUCCAAAGUGAUCCAGUCAUUAUCACCAAAACUAUCGAAGAACUUGCAGGAUUAUCUGAGGAUGGAAAUCAACUGAAUCAAACCACAACUACAAGGCGACCAAUGAAUAAUGGCUCUAGGAUUUUUGGGGGAGCACAAGCUAACAUUCUAAAUUUCCCUUAUCAGGUCUCCAUGAGACAUAAUGGUGGCCACCGUUGUGGAGGAUCCAUAAUUUCAUCCAGAUUUGUACUAACUGCUGCCCAUUGCAUUAUCCCAGGAUUCCCGAUAAAUCAAGUGAGUGUGCGAGCUGGCACUACCUCAAUGAAUGGUGGAAAUGCCGUCGUCCGAAAUGCCAUUCGAAUUUUUGUGCAUCCGUCUUGGAACAGUGACACCCUUGCCUAUGACGUUGCGCUCAUUGAAAUAUCCACGCCGUUCAUUUGGACGUCUACUGUUAGAACAAUUGGACUUCCUCCUUAUGAAUACAUCGUCCCUAGCAAUACCAUGGCGCUUAUUUCUGGAUGGGGUCAGACGGAAUCGGGACAAGCACCUUCUGAGCUCCUGUAUGCAAGAAUUCCAAUGCUCAGCGCUCAACAAUGCAAUACACGUUGGUCUUUCUCUGAAAGUAUGGUUUGUGCAGGAACAGGAUCACCCUCUGUCUGCUUUGGUGAUUCUGGCGGACCAUUGGUGGCUAAUGGCGUGCAAGUUGGCAUCAACUCUUUUGUAAUCGGUGGUUGCAACAGUGGAUACCCCAAUGGAUUUGCUAGAGUGGCACAAUGGAACAUCAUCAAUUGGAUUCAUGCUCGAAUUAAUAGUGCAUAAAACCAUUUUUUUUUUAAAUCCAUGUUAAUACAGUUUAGCAGGUGUUGGGAUCCUAGCAAUUUCAACUUUUUAAAUGUUUUAAUCAAAUAUUUUUCAUAGAACUAUGUUACUAAAAAAAAAUGCAUACUUAUUAAGAACUGAAAGAAAUAUACUUCUUUUACCUGUUAAUUAUUGUAUCUUACUGUUAGAUAAUUAUGAAAAUGUAUUCUGUAUCCAAAAAUAAAUAAAUUUGCAAGUAUUUAGAAC